UUCAAACAGGUGGCUGCUUUCCGCAUGCAGGAGCCGAGGAUCUCAGCCGAGAGGGUACAUCCCAGGACACGGAUGAUGCAAGUCGAACUCUGAGUGACCCGUCUGAACUGGUGGUGAAGCGUGAACUUGUGGUUUUCUCAGGCUGCUCUUCAUCUUCAGAUCCUCUUCCUGUGGGACUGGUGAACAAACAAAACCCACCAGUGCAGAAGUGCAGCGAAGGAGGAUCUGCUGCUGCUCCCGGCCCGAUACCGGAAACUUCCGCGAGCACUGCCUACAAGGCGCAAACGUGUCUUGACACACGGGAGAAUGGAGCCGGGUCAGAGGAAGCAGUUAACGAUGACGACUCUCUAAUAAGCACUGAUGAAAAGAACAGUGGAGGUUCACUUGAAGCUGACUGUGAUCAAACCUUCAACUUAGAGAAUAAACUUCUCAGCCAUAAGCAGGACGGCUCAGGAAGGAGCCAAGUAUCAGCAAGUUCUGGAGGUUCAGAAUCAGAUGAACCGAAUACCAAGUGUGAAGUCUUUGAGUGUGUUGGGAAAGGGUGCUCUACAGAACCAGAGUGGCAUGACCAAACUUUCCAAACACCCAACUUCCUUUUAAGUGAAGGUGCACUGAAGAACAGUGGAUGUUGGAAAGAAGCAUCAGGAACCAGCAAAGGAAACCAAGAGGAGAGAAACAAGAGCGUAAAGGAUUCGACAACAAAGUGGACGUGCAACACACCAGAGUCAGAGAACAAAGAAAGUUCUGAUGUAUAUAAUGGUGGAAGUGUUCAUAUCUGUCAGGUACAGACUGCAGAUCCAGCUGGAACGCUAAAGAAAGAAACCUCUGCUGAAUGUGAAGCAACAGGAUCUCCAGCUAAACCAGCUUCUCCAAGAUCUUUUCAUCUCACAGUACCGGAGUCCCACACACCUUUCUUUUUCCCUCACACUCGUCCUCGCUCGCUGACCACCCCCAUCAUGCCCACCUUGCCUGAAGAGGAAGAAGAUUCUCCUGAGGAACUCGACAGCUUGUCCAGCUCCCCAUCUUCUGUUCUUCCAGCUGAAUCCAAGGUAGUGAAUAUAACCAUAUCACCUCCUGCUAUCGUCCUGCCAAGACAAGUAAACAAGCAGGAACCAGCGCCGCUGGAGAAAGCCAGAAGGCACAGUCCGAGACCCCGGCUCUCGAGGAACGCCAGCUCCUCUGGGCCAAUCACUACUGUAGAUAAUGAUGGUCACGUGAUAGACCUGGUGAAAGAUGAGCUUCCAGAGAUGCAGCUGUCUGAGGAGGACCGGCAGAAGAACCUGGAGCUGCUGGAAGAGGCGAAGAAAGUGAGUGAUCGCUUCCUGACCCGUAGGGGACGUCGGUCUACGUGUAGCACCUCAGAGUCGCCUACAGGUCUCUCGCCAAACCCAACCCCAGGCUCCUCUCCCGUACCCUCCAGGAGCAGCUCCAUCUCGGCACCACCGCAAAUGGUACCUUCAUCUACAGAAGUCCCAGCAAAUCCACCUUCAAGCCCGUCCACAAGUCAGAGGUUGGAGGUGCCUGCAGUGCGUGAUCAUGGAGAAGCAAAUAAACCUGAGCAGGAGACUCUAAAGAAACUUGUAGAAUGGAAACCACCUGAGAAGCGCAAGGUUUCCUCUGGCACGCUGACCCCUCGACUUGCUGCCUCUGCACCUGCUAAGAACCCCACCACAUCGCCAAAAGAUGGCGCUCAACUGUGUGUCUCUGUGGACAGGGGGAAAAAGCCAACUCCGGUUCCAAUGGUCCAGAAACCAGACAGCCAGACUCCGGCAACUGGAGUGGCCAAGCCAGUACCACGGCCAGCCAUGCAGCAAGCUCCGUGCACAGCUGAGAUCAAGACCAUCGGGGCCUUCCCACCUCUCAUGAGGGCUGUUUCCUGGGAUACGGUGGGCUCUCUGAAUAUGAGGAAUGGAGGACCCAAAGAAGACGAUGGCGCCUCUCACUCCGACAACCUGAAGCCUCCAGUGAAUGCCCAGAAACUGUCCAAACUGCGGGAGGAACAUAAGCUGUUAAGGAACCAGAGCAUCUCCGGGUCAAAGCUCCCGGACCUGAGCGAGACUGCAGAACAUGACCGAGAUCCUUCGUCUUCUACAGCCGAGUCUACAGCAGAUGAGGAGUCUAAAGAGAAAGCGGACGCCAUGCCCAACAUAUCAGACAUCAUGCUGCGCAAACUCAAACUACAUCGAGGCUUACCAGGCUGUGCCCCGCCUCUUACUGAGAAAGAAGUCGAGAAUGCCUUUGUGCAGCUGUCUCUAGCAUUCCGCAAUGACAACUACACGCUGGACACGAGACUGAAGCAGGCAGAGAGGGAGCGCAACCUCACAGAAGAGAACACAGAGAAGGAACUGGAAGAGUUUAAAAACUCGCUGAAGAGCACAGUGUCUGUAUGGCAGAACGCAGAACAGAGGGAGUUCUACCAGCGCCUCAUCGAGACCGUAGCCGUGCUGCACCGCCUUGCCAACCGUCUGUCCAGCCGGGCAGAGAUGGUGGGCGCAGUGCGACAGGAGAAACGAAUGAACAAGGCCACUGAGGUGAUGUUGCAGUAUGUCGAGAACCUAAAGAGAACCUAUGAGAAGGACCAUGCAGAGCUGAUGGAGUUUAAGAAGCUAGCCAACCAGAACUCGAAUCGUUGUUACGGAGGCUCGAUGGAAACUGGAGAUGACGGAGUUCCACGUGCAGCAAGAUCCAUGUCUUUGACAAUGGGAAAGGCUUUACCCAGAAGAAGAGUCAGCGUAGCUGUGGUUCCCAAAUUUAAUCUCCUGAACAUUCCCGGUCAGGCUCCAACCACAGGGGGCCCAGCUCCAGGUUCUGGAGUUAGCCUUGGCACUGGUGCUAGCCCCAGCUCUGGUCCUGGCGCGCUUCCUGUACUGUGCGAGGCAAAUGGUAUGAAGAGCGGCGACUCCACUUCCGAUCCAGCGCAGCAAGCAGCAGGAGAAAAUGGAAAAGUUCUGCUGGAGCAGGAAGGUGAGACAGCUACCCCAGCCAAAGCUUCCUGUAGUCCAGAAGAGAUCAGAGCUGAGAUCAAGGCCAAGAUCGAGGAGGAAGCCUACAAUAAAGGGUAUCAGGAAGGACUGAAAAGACUUAAAGAGCUCCAGGAAGUGAAGGAGGAGGAAGAGAAGGCAGAAGAAAAAGAGCCAGAAGAGAGAACUAAAGAAGAGCUGGAAGAAGAAAAAAAGCCAAGCAGGUUUGAUCGAAUUCUGGAAGUCCUUGAACGAAUGUGUCCAAAGAUCUUCAGGAGGAACUGGAUGCUAUGGAUUGCUCUUACAUUGUUCUUAGUAGCAUUCUUUGUAGUCAACCUCUUGAACUUCUUCAGCAACCUCUACGCCGAUCACACAGACGCAACGGCAGAAAAGUCGUCCAACGUCCCGGACAAGAAGAAGCUUUUAGGACUGCACGUGGGAUCGAAGAGUCCGAGUCCAGAGUAACACCAGACCUGCAUGUUCAGAGACGGUCCGAGGAGUUGAUUAACUUGAACUUUGAAACCUUAAUCGUGUCACGAGGAGCCAAAUAACUUUAAUUUAAAGCUGUUUUGUUGAAAGAAAUGGAAGUGGGCAAAAUUGCAACAAAUUCUAUUGCAUCAGAAAUGCUUGUAAGAUUUUAUAUAUAUAGUUUGUUACAUUUAAUGAGAUUGAGAUUACGUUACCACUCGGAUCUUACUAUUUUAUUCUCAGGUUUGAGAGAUGAAGUGUUUUGUUGAGAAACUAAGUACACUAUUUAAGCGCUUUAAUCUUUUGGUAUAGGUUAUGAAAUUCAUCGCUGAUGUCCGUCUUCACCGUCUGAUCUCAUCUGGCAUGCUGAGGUAGCUUUGGAGUGCAAUAUUUGUGCAACGUGAUAGAUUUCGGAAGGGUAUUUUUAUUUUUUUCCCCCUAGAAAUCACAAAGUCCUUACUUGUUCCUUAGCACCAGAGUUUUGCCAUCGUUUUAGAUCAUCAAUGUUCACGUGUGUUAAUGGUUUGUGCCACUCCACUCCUUUUAAUAAAAGCUCCAGCAAUUUCACACAGGGUCAUGAAACGCAGUACGUGCCACAAUCUUUUUUUUUUUUUAAUUUAGACUAACCAGUGAGAUUCUAUACCUGUACGAAGGUACAGUACGCUACAUCAUUGAGAAUCUCAAAUGGCUCUAACGCCAGCACUGCUGCAAUGCUGUUCAAGGAAAAUAAUCAACGAUGGUGUGGUGUGAUGAAGCAGAUUUACAGUUUUCCUUGCUAAAGUUGAUUAUUUUUCCAAUAACAGCCUGUCCGGAAGUAGUGGUGUGUUGUAUUCCUUUUAUUUAUUAACAAACAUGUCAUUACUUUUUAUCCGUUUAUAGCUACAUUCUAAUGUUCUGGAGCACGUGUGAAAAAGUCUUAGCAUUUAUGUUAUAGCAGUUAUAAUCAUUCUUUCACCAGCCUCCUUUUUUUCCCCUUCUCUUAAAAUCAAGUUGGUGAAAAAGCACAAAACGUAACAUCCUCCCCUCUCUCUCUCUCUCUCCCCUGGAGGCUUUUCAGCAUCAGAAUUUACAGCUUUAACGCCUGGUCCCACAAUACCGAUAACUACAACUAUAACGCCAACUAUAAAUAAAUAAAUCAGUCCCCUGCAGUUUGUGUUUGGUGGUCACACCAGACCGAUAACGAUACCUAUAGCCCAGGCCUGGGUUUAUCCGUAUCGGUGAGAUUGCUUCUGAAGCUUUUUUUUUCCCCCCCCUUUCCUUUCCUCCAGACCUGGACCUGAUCUGAUAAAACAUCUGACCAAUCAGCUAAUUGUCUGUGUGACGACGUCUGAGCACGUGCUAUUUUUCCCCGGGCAUCUUUGUACAUCCUUGUUGCAUCAUGAAGUCACGGAAAAUAAAAAAAUAUAUAUAAUACAAA